AUGCAGUCCUCUCCUGGCAUGCUCACAAAGUUCGAAUCCAAGUCGUCGAGAGCGAAAGGCAUUGCCUUCCACCCCAAGCGACCAUGGAUUCUCGUAUCUCUACACUCGUCGACUAUCCAGCUUUGGGACUAUCGAAUGGGCACGUUGAUUGACAGAUUCGAGGAACAUGAUGGCCCAGUUCGAGGCAUUGACUUCCACAAAACACAGCCCCUGUUCGUCUCUGGUGGUGACGAUUACAAGAUCAAGGUCUGGUCUUACCAAACGCGCCGCUGCCUCUUCACACUGAAUGGUCAUCUCGACUAUAUCCGAACAGUCUUCUUCCACCAUGAGCUGCCAUGGAUUCUCUCAGCGUCAGACGACCAGACUAUCCGCAUCUGGAACUGGCAAAAUCGAUCUCUGAUCUGCACAAUGACCGGCCACAAUCACUACGCCAUGUGUGCACAAUUCCAUCCUAAAGAAGACCUUGUCGUCUCCGCCUCUCUCGAUCAAUCCGUGCGCGUGUGGGAUAUCUCUGGUCUGCGAAAGAAGCACUCGGCCCCGACGUCUAUGAGUUUCGAAGACCAAAUCGCUCGUCAAAAUCAGAACCAGACGGACAUGUUUGGCAAUACGGACGCCGUCGUCAAGUUCGUGCUCGAGGGUCACGAUCGGGGCGUGAACUGGGUCGCAUUCCAUCCCACCAUGCCUCUCAUCGCCUCGGCCGGUGACGAUCGCCUGGUCAAACUGUGGAGAAUGAGCGAGACAAAGGCUUGGGAGGUCGAUACCUGCCGAGGCCACUUCCAGAACGCAGAAGGAUGUUUAUUCCAUCCCCACCAGGACUUGAUCCUCUCAUGUGGUGAAGAUAAGACGAUCAGGGUGUGGGAUCUCAAUAAGCGCACGGCCGUCCAGUCGUUUAAAAGGGAGAGUGACCGUUUCUGGGUGAUUGCGGCUCAUCCAGAAAUCAAUUUGUUCGCCGCGGGUCAUGACAACGGUGUCAUGGUCUUCAAAUUGGAGCGUGAACGACCCGCAUCUGCUACGCACCUAAACCAGUUGUUUUACAUCUCAAAGGAAAAGACUGUCAAGUCGUACGACUUCCAGAAGAACGUGGAGAGCCCCACGCUACUGUCGCUCAAGAAGCUUGGCAGCCCGUGGGUUACUCCGAGGACACUCUCCUACAACCCUGCGGAAAAGUCUGUCUUGGUCAUUUCCCCUGCUGACGGUGGCACAUACGAGCUCGUGAAUCUCCCCAAGGACGGUUCUGGUGCUAUCGAACCUACUGAAACGAAGAGGGGAUCUGGUAACUCGGCCAUCUUCGUUGCGCGUAACCGUUUUGCCGUCCUCAACACAAGCAGCCAAGUCAUCGAUAUCAAGGACCUAUCCAACAACAUCACUCGAUCCUUCAAGCCGCCGGCUGGCACCACGGACAUCUACUUCGGAGGAACUGGAAACCUUCUCAUCAUCACCCCUACCGCGGUCCACCUGUACGACAUUCAGCAGAAGAAGAGCACCGCCGAGCUGUCUGUCAACGGGGUCAAAUACGUUGUCUGGUCAAACGAUGGGCUCUACGCUGCUCUGCUCAGCAAGCACAACGUGACAAUUGUCACCAAGACGCUUGACCAGGUUAGCACCCUCCACGAAACCAUUCGGAUCAAGAGCGCCACAUGGGAUGAUGCCGGUGUUCUCCUGUACUCCACGUUGAACCACGUCAAGUAUACUCUUCUCAAUGGCGACAACGGCAUUGUUCGUACUCUGGACCAGACGGUCUACCUGGUCCGAGUAAAGGGCCGCAACGUCUACUGUCUGGAUCGGUCUGCGAAACCAAGAGUGUUGCAGGUUGAUCCUACCGAGUACCGCUUUAAGCUUGCGCUUGUCAAGCGGAACUAUGAGGAGAUGCUCCACAUCAUCCAGAAUUCCAGCCUUGUUGGUCAGUCAAUCAUUUCCUACCUGCAAAAGAAGGGUUACCCGGAGAUUGCCCUGCAAUUCGUCCAAGAUCCUACCACACGAUUUGAUCUCGCCAUUGAGUGUGGCAACCUGGAGGUUGCUUCGGAGAUGGCACAAGAGCUGGAUCGACCGAAAUUUUGGACCAGACUGGGCAUGGAAGCGCUGUCACACGGCAACCACAAGAUUGUGGAGAUAAGCUACCAGAAGCUCAAGCAGUUUGACAAGCUUUCUUUCCUCUAUCUCGCCACUGGAGACCACGCGAAGCUGGCUAGGAUGGCCAAAAUUGCCGAGCACCGUGGAGACUUCACUUCCCGGUUCCAGAACGCAGUAUAUCUCGGCGAGGUGGAGGACCGGAUUCAAAUGUUCAAGGAGAUCGACUUGUAUCCUCUGGCAUACAUGACCGCCAAGUCUCAUGGCCUUGAUGAGGAGUGCCAGGCGAUUCUCGAGGCUACGGGUCUGACUGAAGAGGAGGUAACCAUGCCAACGAUCGGUGCUCCUCUCAGCCCUUGCAAGCCAGUUGUCCCUACCCACAAGGCAAAUUGGCCAACCAAGGCUGGCUCACAGUCAGUGUUUGAAAAGGCGCUCAUGGGCCAGGUUGAGGGCUUGUCUUUGGAGGAUCAGCCAGCGGCUGAUCUGAUGGACAUCAAUGACGAUGCGGCUGACGAGUCGGCUGCGAAGCGGAAUGGUGGCCUCCUUGGCGAAGACGAUGAAGACGUCGCAGGCUGGGACAUGGGCGAAGAUGUCAUUCCGGAAGUCGAAGGAGACUUCGUCAACGUCGACAGUGCAGAUGCCGGUGGAGCAGGUAGCAGCGAAGCAGAUCUCUGGGCGCGCAACUCGCCUUUGGCUGCUGACCAUGUUGCCGGCGGCUCAUUUGAAUCCGCCAUGCAAUUGCUGAAUCGCCAGGUCGGUGCCGUGCAGUUCUCGCCGCUCAAGCCCCGCUUCUUGGAGAUAUACAAAGCCUCAAAGACAUACCUGCCCGCAUCAGCAGGCUUGCCUCCUCUGGUCAACUAUGUCCGUCGCACGCUCGACGAGACCAACCCCCGCGAGGUUCUGCCUCUGAUCCCACGCGACCUGGAGCACCUUGCUACGGACGACCUCCAGCGCGGUUACGGGUCAAUGAAGUCCAACAACCUAGCGGCUGGUAUCACCAUCUUCAGAGGCAUUCUCCAUGCUAUCCUUGUCAACGCUGUUUCUGGCGAGGAUGAGGUCGCCGAGGCGAAGAAGCUCAUUGCCUCUGCAAGCGAGUAUGUAGUGGCUAUGGGCAUUGAGCUCGCUCGGAGGGAGCUCGGGGCACCAGAUGCUGUUGCCAAGGACCCGGCUGCCCUGAAGAGGAGUCUUGAGUUGUCAGCAUACUUCACCAUACCCAAGAUUGAGGUUCCUCACCGCCAGCUUACCCUCAUGAGUGCAAUGCAACAAGCAUACAUAAACAAAAACUACAACACCGCCCUCAGCUUCGCGAACAGGAUUCUUGCGAACGGCGGAUCCAGGAUGCCUAUUGAAAGGGCCAACAAGACGAAGGCUCAGUGCGAGCGCAACCCAAGCGAUGCGAUAGAGAUUGACUUUGACCAACACGCUGAGUUUGAGAUCUGCGCCGCUAGCCACACGCCGAUCUACAGCGGCGACUCAUUCGAGGAGUGCGCCUUUGACGGGUCGAAAUACCACUCUAAGUUCAAGGGCAGUGUGUGCCGUGUGUGUCAGGUCUGCGAGAUUGGCAAGCGUGGAAGCGGGCUGAAGUUGUUCGCGUAA